CUUCGUGUUUUGCCUUUUGUCGUCAACUCUGUUAUUUUAUUUGUGCCAACUAUGUGAGUAUACCAAAAUCCAACAUUUAGUUUAGCUCAAGCUGUGUUCCCAUAUGCACAUGUAUGUGGUUUUGGUCCAAAGAGAAAAAAAAAUAAAUAAAUUUUGCGGUCGAUUUUAAUGGUUACACGGAAGUGAAAUUUUUCAUGAAAAAUAAAGUCAAAGGAAAUCAAUUUAAGUCAAGAGAAGUCUUGUGUGAAAUGUUAUAAGAAUACAGAUGACUAUCUGAGACUCAUGUACAAUUAGUGUUAGUCGGUAGAACUGACAAAUGAUCACAAAAAAAAAUAGUAUAAUUGAUUUGAGGCAUGCAAUUAGAGCAGAAGAAAAAUUAACCCUUUGGGUUUUCAUAAAAAUACUGUAAAUGUGGAACGGCGAAAAAAAGUUUAAAUGAAAUUGUAGAGACGUUGUCGGUUGACUCUUUCCUUGCCAAUGCUUGUUUGUAUAUACACUGCAAUCGAAGAAUUGUUAUCUUGCUUCAGUCGGCGCAAUAACAAUUUCUUUCUUUUAAAACAAUUCCGUAUUUACCUUUGCCAUUAAUUUUCAAAAUAAGAAAAGAGGGAAAAGAAUAAGUGAAAAAAAGACUUAAUAAUUUACACAUAAAAAGGCACACAAAAAUAAAUAAAUGAAGAAAGGUACCGGGCCACAUUAUGACGGAUAUUAAAUCACGUGGAAAGAAGUGUUGAAAAUAAUUCAUUUUUUCUUUGGUGUGUAUUUGCUUUGUUAGCAUUUUGAUUAAUUGUGAUGUUUACGGCGGUGAUUUAGUAGCCAUCAGUGUUGAGGUUUUAUUUACGAUUUUAAUUCGUGCAUUAAUGUCGAAACCGACAGUGUUUAUGAAGAAAUAUGUAUUAGCCCGCUAUGGGGUUGGCUUAUGAAAAUGAAACUUAAUACCGACAAUUCCGACAACCACGUUUGAGCAUUUCGCAUUUGUAUACAACAGAAAUAUAUUUGCCAUACGAUACACCACCACAUCGGGUACAAUAUAAUAUAACUUGCACGUACAUAAAUCAACCGUUUUAUUAAAACGUAAAACGAGGAAAACUUAAUUUUCCAGUACUGUAAACCGAAAUCUACGAAUACACCGAAUACAAAACACUAAAUUAAUAUCAAGUUAUUUUGGAUUUGAAAUACUUUACGCUCUGCUUUGUUGGUGUUUUCGCUUAUAUAGUUCGUAACACAUAUCAACGAUGAAGAAGUUGCUGCUAUACUUCGUGAUUUAUAUCAUCCUUGUACAAGCAUUCACAUAUGGAUUACGACUAACUGAAGUUCGUAUACCAAAUCACACAGUGCGAGACUCUAGUCCAAAAUUAGAGUGUCAUUUCAACUUAGACGGCGAAUCAUUAUAUUCGGUUAAAUGGUACAAGGAUGGCAACGAAUUCUAUCGAUACGUCCCCCGUGAUAUGCCACCGGCUCAAGUGUUUUCAUUGCCGGGUGUAACUGUUGAUUUGCACAAUUCAACCGACAGUGUGGUGGUUUUGGAGUACGUGAAUUUGUCAACAACUGGACGCUUUCGAUGUGAAGUUUCUGGUGAAGCCCCAUCAUUUCAAACUGUUUCGGAUCACGGAGACAUGAUUGUCGUUGUCUUACCAGAUGAAGGACCGAAAAUUACUGGCGGUCGACCGAGGUAUCAAAUCGGCGACACAGUAAACGUUAACUGUACAUCGGGACGUUCAAAACCAGCUACACGCCUAAAUUGGUUUAUAAACGGUGAACCUGCUGAUUCAAACUCGCUGCGUAUGCACGAUCCAAUUAUUACAGGCCGUGAAGGGCUCGAAACGUCUACGCUUGGUUUGGAAUUCAUAGUGAAAUCAAAACAUUUUCGUCGAGGCGAUAUGAAACUUAAGUGCUUGGCUACAAUUGCCACAGUUUAUUGGCGAAGUAACGAGGAAAGUGUAGAGGGUGAUAAACCACAAAAAGCACCUGUACUCGAAUCAAGAGAAACUCUAUUAGCAAGCAAUUCAAGGGCAGACCGUGUUCAAGCGACAAGUUCGGCUAAAUCAUCAACCUUUCAUCACUUAAUAAUUAUUUCAACGACAACAGGAACAUGCAUUUUACUACAUUUUCUAACGGUCAUGCUGAGGUAGCUAGAAAAGUUCUAAAUUCUGUGAAAACACCGUCUCAGUAGUUAAACAUUAUCUUAUCUACUGUUUCAUACUUUUUCGUUUUGUUUUCUUCUUUCUUGAGAAAUUAAAAAAAAAAGAAAUUAGAAAGGAUACGAUGAACAUAUAUUGUGAAGAGUUUGUAUAUGAUUUAGACGAUACAUAUCGAUAAAACUUGCCAAAGAAAAUUAUAAAACUGAUAUCUAAUAUCUAAAGUAAAAUUACAAUUUAUAACAUUUAAAAGAAAAAGAUUUAGUUUGUUGAUUUUCCUUUUGUAAUACAUUUUCAAAAUGGAAAUAUUUUUUCAAUUUAUGGACUAAAUUUUAUAUUUUAAGGCCUAAAUGUUAAAUAUAAAAAAAGCAAAAAAAGAAAGAAAAUAAAAAAGAAAUAAGAAAAAAAAUCUAUUUAAAAGCCUAGUGUUUAUCAAAGAGACCGUGUUGUGAAUGUAUAUUACUUGCAUUGUAAACCUAAUAGACAGAGAGCCUGUGUAUACAUCAUUUCCUCAUAAAUCGUUCGACAUCUUCCUACCGACAUCAAUUGGACCAUGGUCCAGGGAAUAUAUGACAUAGAGUAAAGGAAAAAGACAGUUUUUACCACCCAAAAAUACUUGCCUAAUUUUUCCGGUGAAGUAAAAGAGAGCUUAAUGGUCCAGAGGGCUGAAUAUGCUAGGUGCUAUAAAAUGCUUAUGAGACCACGUUUUGAAACAUAUGAAAUAUUAUUACCCCGCCCCAUACUGAAAGCAUUUAUUCAUUUAAGAAUGCUAAGAUGACCGUAACAUCACUUAAAUCUUCAAUAAGUCUUCACUUUGGUAAUAACAUGACAUAGGUUUCAAAUAGCAGCCUUAUGAGGGACUAAUAUGCAUAAAGGCUCUCUGUUUAACAUAAAUGUUCAAUCAGAACUAUAAAUAUUCAUUGUGAUGUACAGUUUUCGAAAAUUUUAACGGAACGUUUGCAACUCCGAAUCUUUCGGAUAAAUAUUUUUCAACCGAAAAAAAAAAUGAAUUCUACGUUUUUUAUUCAUUAAUCGACGUUUAAAUCAACUUAGAAUACAAAAAAAAAAGAAUUAUGUCAAAGGAAACAACGUUACAUUCAACCAGACAUCAUCAAUUAUGAAACUUAUGAAACUUAUCAUUAAAUUUUAAUAUCAAACCAAUCGAAUUGAAUAUCAAUCGAAUGAAAAACGUAAUUUUACAAAUUAAAAAUUGCUUUCUGAUUGUAAAUCAUGUGUGGGAAAUAAACCAAUGGAUCUUAUGUAAUAGUUAUAAUUAUUAAGUAAUUUAACGAAUGAACACACACAGAGAAGAAAAACCAUUUUAAAGAAAAGAAUGUAUCAUACAAAAAUUAAAUAUCAAAUUAAGACAACAAAUUAUAUUGUAUAUAAAAAUCGCUGUAAUUACAAGGUAAUGUAAAAUAAUAAAUAUUUGUUUGAUCAAUAUUAAA